CGCUUCACAUUUGGCUUUUAAAUACUACAUAAAACACCAUAACAGGAGUGCCCUUGUGAUGUAGUCGUUUCUACGUACCGGCUUCCUGUCUAUCUACCUUCUGAGAAGGAUUUUAGAUCACCCUCUAAUCACAGCGAUGGAUGAGGAAAUCCAAACUCUGAAGCCCAGGCGGAUCCAGAAUCAGAACGUGGUUCAUCGUCUCGAGAGGCGGAGGAUCUGCUCGGGCCGCCCCGGAGCUCACUGGUACAGAGUCCGCUGCUUCCACCAGAACCUUUUCCCCAACUUUACUGUGGUCAACGUAGAGAAGCCCCCCUGCUUCCUGAGGAAGUUCUCACCAGAUGGACGCUGCUUCAUCGCCUUCUCCUCAGACCAGACUUCUCUGGAGAUUUAUGAAUAUCAAGGCUGCCAGGCAGCUCAGGACCUGCUGAGGGGCCAGGAGGGAGAGACCCUCCUGACGGCCAAUGACCAGCGUUCCCUCAACAUCCGGGGCCGUCUGUUCGAGCGCUUCUUCUCCUUGCUCCACGUCACUAAUGUGGCCUCCAACGGAGAACACCUGAACCGGGAGUGCAGCCUCUUCACUGACGACUGCCGCUACGUCAUCGUCGGGUCGGCCGUGUACGUCCCGGAGGAGCCGCCGCCCUACUUCUUUGAGGUGUACCGGAACAACGAAUCUGUGACUCCCAACCCCCGCUCCCCUCUGGAAGACUACUCCCUCCACAUCAUUGACCUCCACACUGGCCGGCUGUGUGACACCCGCUCCUUUAAGUGUNGUUAAUAACGCGUUAACACAAAAAAAAACCAGGGCCUCUGCCUGUACAGGAACAUCCUGGCAGUGCUGUCGGUCCAGCAUCAGACCAUACACGUGUUCCAGGUGACUCCAGAGGGAACAUUCCUGGAUGUCAGGACUAUCGGGCGGUUCUGUUACGAGGACGACCUCCUGACUCUUUCAGCAGUUUACACUGAGGCUCAGGCUGAGAGUCAGCCGGGCUUCCCCCGCCUUUACACUGACAAAACCAUCAACUCCCUCAAGCACAGGCUGCUGGUCUACCUGUGGAGGAGGGCGGAGCAGGACGGCAGCGCCACUGCCAAGAGGAGAUUCUUUCAGUUUUUUGAUCAGCUGAGGAGGUUGAGGAUGUGGAAGAUGCAGCUGUUGGAUGAGCAUCACCUCUUCAUUAAAUACACCAGCGAAGACGUGGUCACACUCAGAGUCACCGACCCUUCGCAGCCGUCGUUCUUCGUGGUGUACAAUAUGGUUUCUACAGAGGUGCUGGCCGUCUUUGAAAACACCUCCGACCAGCUGCUGGAGCUCUUUGAGAAUUUCUGCGACCUGUUCCGAAACGCCACGCUGCACAGCCAGGCCGUCCAGUUCCCCUGCUCCGCCUCGUCCAACAACUACGCCCGGCAGGUCCAGAGAAGGUACUGAGGAGAGAC